UCCUGUCAGCCCCUCGGACAGAAGCGCGCUGAGUCGGACGCUCCGCUGGUGAAGCGCAGGUUUGUGGUCUCGGCUCAAUCAGAUUAUUGGGUAAAAUGGAUUGUGACGUCAGGGUUUAGGAAGCGUCGCGCUGACUUCAUGCAAAGCAGUUGAGCGCUUCACCCGGACACGAGCGGACCGAGCUGCUCUAGUCUCCUCCAGCGGCAUGAGUCCACCGACACCAGCCUGAAGGACAAACAGCAGAAUGGCCUCGUAUCUGGAGAUCGCUGAUGACAGCGAAGGGCACGACCUGAGUCUCUUCUGUGUGCCGAAACACUACGAGGAGGAUCUGGACAGUGUCAUCAUACCCAGUGGCCUCAUUAAGGACAGGACUGAAAGGUUGGCCAGAGAUAUCGUUCGGGACAUGGGCGGGCAGCAUAUCGUGGCCCUCUGCGUUCUGAAAGGAGGGUAUAAGUUCUUCGCGGACCUGAUGGAUUUCAUCAAGACGUUGAAUCAAAACAGCGAUAAGUCUGUGCCCCUGACUGUGGAUUUCAUUAGACUAAAGAGCUACUCGAAUGAUCAGUCUACAAACUCUGUAAAGGUUAUUGGUGGAGAUGAAUUAUCUGCCCUUACUGGCAAAAAUGUGCUCAUAGUCGAGGACAUUGUAGAGACAGGCAGAACUAUGGAAACACUGCUCAAACUAUUAAAUGAAUGUCUCACCUCUAAAAUGGUGAAGGUCGUCAGUUUACUUGUGAAAAAGACGCUCCCCCCAGGAGCUCAGGGUACCGUCCAGACUAUAUUGGAUUUGAAGUGCCUGACAAGUUCCUAG